GUGCGGAGACCAGCUGAGAAAACAAUCAGACCCGCAUGGACUUGCCCCAUCGGUGCUUUCCUUAUCCGUCACGUCCGACCUCGGCAGCCCAUUUCUCUGUACUAUUUAUUCAUGCCUCUCGCUUUUGCUUGCUAGCUAGCUACCAGGCACGGUAGGGAAUUGAGAGGCACUCACCAUGCAGCUCUCGUUGUUGGCUCUUCUUGGAGCGUUGGCGCUGCCUAGCGCGGCUGUUCCCCAUGCGCGCGAUGAGGGACAAUGCAAGCAGACCACUGUUGCCAUUCUUGGUGGAGGAAUGGCUGGUAUUGCUGCUGCCCAAACGCUGCACAAUGCCUCCAUGGAAGACUUCAUGAUCCUCGAAUACCGCGACACCAUUGGCGGUCGCGCCUGGCAUAAGCCCUUUGGCCAGGACAAAGAUGGCAACCCGUACAUCAUUGAGAUGGGUUGCAACUGGGUCCAAGGACUCGGCACUCCUGGGGGUCCGCAGAACCCCGUCUGGACACUGGCACAAGUCUACAAUCUCUCCACCAUCUACUCCAAUUACAGCAACGUGUCGACCUACAACCAGUACGGAUACAAGGACUACUCCCAGCUGAUGGACGUCUGGGACGACAUCUACGACGCCGCCGCCGCCCAAGCCGGUGUCAUGCUCCUCGACAACCUGCAGGACCAGACCGCCCAGACUGGCCUGGCACUGGCUGGCUGGCGCCCCAAGGUCGACGACAUGGAAGCGCAAGCCGUUGACUGGUGGUCAUGGGACUUCGAAGACGCCUACACGCCCCUCGAAAGUUCCUUCAUCUUCGGUGUCGCUGGCCAGAACCUCACCGAGAACGGCUUCAGCGACGAAGACAACUUCGUCAUCGACCAGCGCGGCUACAGCCACAUCAUUCACGGCAUGGCGUCGACUUUCCUCAAGCCCAACGACACCCGCCUGCUCCUGAACAACCACAUCACCAACAUCAGCUACUCCGACUCCGGAGUGACCGUCCACAGCUCCGACGGCUCCUGCGUGCGCGCCUCCUACGCCAUCUGCACCUUCAGUCUGGGCGUGCUGCAAAACAAAGCCGUCACCUUCACCCCAUCCCUGCCCGAAUGGAAGAAAGAAUCCAUCGAAGGCUUCACAAUGGCUACCUACACCAAGAUCUUCCUCCAAUUCAACGAGACCUUCUGGCCCGAAGACACCCAGUACUUCCUCUACGCGGACCCCUACAUGCGCGGCUACUACCCCGUCUUCCAGUCCCUCAGCACAGAGGGCUUCUUCCCAGGCUCGAACAUCAUCUUCGUCACCGUGACGGAGCAGUUCGCCUGGCGCGCCGAACGCCAGUCCGAUGAGAAGACCAAGGCGGAGGUCAUGGAAGUCCUGCGCAAGAUGUUCCCGGAGAAGAACAUUCCCGACCCCAUUGCGUUCAUGUACCCCCGGUGGACCCUGGAGCCCUGGGCGCAUGGCAGUUACUCGAACUGGCCGCCCGGCACGACGUUGGAGAUGCAUGAGAAUCUGCGUGCCAAUGCGGGCAGAUUGUGGUUCGCCGGUGAGGCGACCAGUCCGACCUACUUCGGAUUCUUGCAUGGGGCGUGGUUCGAGGGCCAGGCUGCGGGGCUGCAUAUCAGCAGUAUUCUGAACGGAACUUGCAAGGCGAAUACUACUUGCAAGGGCAGGAAGCAUUAUGAGACGCUGCAUGGAACUACGCCACUGGCGGAUUACAGUUUCGUGGAUGGGUGGAACGGAAACAGUUUUUAUGAUUUCAACGAUGAUUAAACUGUUCCCCCUCUUCCCUCCCUCAUUCUCUUCUUUCACCGGCUCUACGUGGUGAACUGAAUGUGUGUGGUGUAUAUAUAUAGUAUGAAUAUAAC